GAGAUCAUAACUCAAUGUAAUCAUAUUCAUUACGUCAUUUUUCUCAAUAUGCCAGGUACAAUGUCCCAAGCUUGAGCAGAUGGAUCUCUCCCAUAUGGACAAUUUAAGCAAAAUAUGGAGUGACAGUCCUCAAGAAACUCUCACUUUUGACAAUUUAUGGAAAAUGCAAGUUCAGAAUUGUAGGAGCCUUGAAAAUGUGUUUCCGCAUUGGGUGGCUACAAGUCUAACCCAAAUUAAGGAACUUCAAGUGGAGUCUUGUGGGAUUGAGGAAAUAGUUGCUAGUGGGAAUGAGACUCCACAUUCCAAUACUACUCAAGAUCUUUUCCCAAAACUAACCUCUUUGGUGUUACAUGAUAUGCCACAACUCAAGAACUUCUGUGCCAACUUGCCCGCUUUGAAUUGGCCAUUCUUGAAGGAAUUGCAAGUGACUCACUGUGAUAAAGCGAACAUGCUGUCUUUUGUAGCAUCUAUGAGCAAUUGGGCUAAAAAAGAUUAUCAACAGGGCCUUUCAGACCAAGAAGCUCACUCUUUAUUUGAGAGGGACUUUCCCAACUUGGAGAGACUUUUAUUAGUCGAUAACAAUAUUCAAAUGAUACAAGACGGAAAUUUUCCAGAUGACAUCUUUGGCAAGCCAAAAGCACUAACAUUGGCAUGCUUUCAUGAUGAAAGGGCUGUUUUUCCUCUCAAAUUCCUCCUAGAGAGAUUUCAGAAUCUACAAAGCCUUGAGGUCUUCUGUAGCUCCUUUGAAGAUAUAUUCCUGGACGAAGGACUUGUUGACAAUGGUAAACAUCCGGUGCUUGAAAGUUUAGAGAACUUAAGUUAAACAAGCUACACAACCUAAAGAGUGUAUGGAGAGAAGGCUCUUUAGUGUUGAAAAUUCUUCAGAGCAUCAAAACAUUUGAGGUUUGGGAUUGUCCUUGUUUGACAACAAUAUUUCCGACCGUGACAUCCUUCAAGAAUCUAACGACAUUAGUGGUGAAGAAUUCCUCUAGAUUGAUACAUCUAGUAACUGCUUCAAUGGUCACAAAUUUGGUGCAUCUCAAUUGCAUGACUAUAAUAGGAUGUGAAAGAAUGAAGGAAAUAGUGGCAAACGAUGGAGACGGAGAAGGAAAAGUGAUUUCUUUUAGGAAUCUUAAAAAGUUGACACUCCAAAAUCUGCCAAACCUAGAAUGCUUCUCUUCCAUCCCGAGUUGCAUAUUCAAGUUUCCAUAUUUAUGGAUUAUUGAAGUAGAAGAAUGCCCGAAGAUGAAGACAUUUUCUAA